UAUCACAACGGCGGCUAAUAUGGCGGCUGCUCAGUAUCCCACAAUGCAUUUCGGGAAACGAAAACAGCAGUGAAUGGCGGCGCUCGCUCUCCGCAGAGCGCCUCGGAGCUUCUCAGUGAGGAACAUCUGCGACCGGAACCGGCAUUUUUAGGUUGUUUUAGGUUGUUUUUUGACGCGGAAAUGAGGUGAAAUGUAGAUGAUAAACGUCUGAAGAGGAUGAGGGUGAAAAUGAGCCGUGAGAGGUGUCGCUUGGGAGGAGUUUUCCGUCUUUAUUCGGUGAAAUGAGAUGAAGCAGGCUGCUGGGUUUGUCAGUGUUGUGUUCAUCAGGCGCUGAGCUCUGCCUUUCCCUUGGCUUCUGCUUUUCUUCACAGUCUCCUGGAAAAGACUGAUUGGAUUCGCAUCUGGAUCAAAACAUAAUCGACUUAAUCGACUGUCUGGUCGAAGAGGAAGAGAAGAAGAAGAAGAAGAAGAAGGAGGAGGAGGAGGCAGGAUUCUUUCUUUCCAGCUGGGGAAUGAUAAUAUGUCAAGACGAAAACAGACCAACCCUUUCAAAGUGAAUUGUAGGUAUCUCAGGGCCGUUUCACAUGACAGGCUUCUCUGGUCCACAACACGCUUCGGAGAUGGAGGCGAAAGACGACUUUGCUGAAAACCCUGCGUGCCACAGCGCCACCUGCGGAGACCUGGACGAGCAGGACGGCACCACCGACGAUAGCGACAGUGACUUGGACAAAGAGAACUCCUCUAACUCCUCAGGUGAUGACAACAUGACGUGUCAUAAGGCGAGCCAGUGCUCCGUUCACGGUGGAGGCAUGAAGGAGGAGAGCGAGAGGGAUUCAGACCUGGGGAGUAGUUAUGCGUGUCCCAUCUGCACCCUGGAGUUCGACAGCCCAGAUCAACUCAUUGCACACGUCUAUCAGCACACAUCGACGGUGGGCGGCAGUAAGAGUUACGUGUGUCCAGUGUGUGGACGAGCUCUCAGCUCACCGGGUUCUCUCGGACGUCACCUCCUCAUUCAUUCAGACGACCGACUCUCCAACUGUGCAGUGUGUGGAGCUCGCUUUACCGACACCAACAACUUCAACAGGGAAAAGCUGAAAGAGUUCCUCAGUGCCAGUGAUUUAGAGCACAGCAGCGGAGAUCAGCCCUGCUCCAUGGUUCAGGCCGUUUCUGUGUCUGAUGGUCACAUGUCCAUCCAAGGGGCCAAUCACGGACCCGCUCCAGGCUCGGGCUUCCCCCCGCUCCCGGGCAGCCUCCUCUCCUCUGGAUCUUCACUGCCCUCUUUCCCCGACACCCUCAACCCGCUACCUGACUUGUUAAACCCCAUGCCCGUGUAUCCGGCAGGCGUGCUGCUGGUGUGUAACAGCUGUGUGGCGUAUCAGCAGCUGUCGGGCAGUCCGUCCUCCGCGAUGAGGAAGUGGGCAUCACGGCGCAGGAACGAACCGGCCGAGGCGCGGAUGCAGCGACUGGAGCGCGAACGCGUGGCCAAGAAGAGCAAGCGCGAGCGUGAGACGCCCGAGGAGCGCGAGCUGAGAAGGCUACGCGACCGCGAGGCAAAGCGCAUGCAGCGGCUGCAGGAGACGCAGGAACAGCGAGCGCGACGUCUGCAGCGAGACCGCGAGGCCAUGCGCCUCAAACGUGCCACCGAGACGCCCGAAAGGAGACAAGCGCGGCUGGUGCGCGAACGAGAGGCCAAGCGACUCAAGCGGCGACUCGAUAAGAUCGAACCAGCAUUGCGCGCACAGAUCGAGCACGAUCCCGCCGCCGUGGCCGCGCUCACCGCCGACGUCAACCUCUUCCAAUUCCCUUUCCCCGUCCCCGUCUCCUCCAUGGACAACGGGCUGUUUAUGAAACUACCCUAAUCCGACAAAAACACACAGACUAGCGGGAGCAUCGGAUUUCUUCUUAUGUGUAAUAAGAUCAGAUUAUUCCACGACUGCUUUAGAUGGUCACAUGAUCACUGGCGAAAGCUCUACGUUUAUUUAUAAGCAGGUGAUAUUUGUCCCGAGGUGAAAAUAGAAAUGCUGUUUGUGCCCUAAUUCACGUUACGUAACAUUAACUAGAUCAGUAGCACACGCAACGUAAUAAUUGGUAUAACCUUAGCUAGCUUGUUAGCUACUGAUUAUAUUUACUACAAGCCUAAGAAGUGAAAUUAAGGCUGGUAGUGAGGUCACAUGAUACCGUUUGUUUUUUUAUUAGAGGAACAGACUCACCUUUGCACACUUCCGUUUAUCUUUCUGGUGUUUUAGGGGACAAACAGCGGUUCUGUUUCACCUGAGCACAAAUAGACACUCCGUUAUUUAUACACGACAGCAGGGUAAAGACUAUUUGACAUCCCUGCCUUAUGAACAAGCAUGUUUUAGAGAUCUGUCAUGCGUAAUUCUACAGAUCUAGUUUGCAUGUGGACCUACAGUGAGGAGGAAGAGACGUGCAGCCACGCCCUCGCACGCCCCGCCCUCUGAUUGGCCGGAGUUUACCUGUAGCUACGACUCCUCCUCCCUGCUGGCGAUCUGAUCCACAGAUUCAACUACCUCGUCUCAGGACUUCUCUGUGCUCGACGUCUUCUGUCUGGACUGCAGGGACUCGACACACACACACACACACACACACACACACACACACACACACUGACUGGAACGCAGUGGUGUUGGUGCUAAGCUGCUUUCAUACUGAUGUCAUAUCCGUCAGAUGUCGUUGAUUUUUAUGUAUUUUUCUUAAAAUCAGAGUUAGAAAAAUUACGUACUAGAAUAUAAUCAUGAAUCAGCCAAUAGGGGACAGUAGUGGGCGGGGCUUCGAUCACUCUAACCACAUCCAGAGACAUAUAUUCCAGCCGUAUCUAGCUACGACAAAAUGAUUCAAAUCAUAAAUUCCUAAAUAUUGCUUCUGACUUUAUGCUGCUUAAAAAAAACCAAAAAAAAAACCAAAUAUAACUGAAAAUGAAGCAUUCAUGAUUUUUUUUUUUUUAAUGAAUAUUAGCAAAUUAGCUCCAUUACAAGACAUUUAUUAUGCAGCGCCCUCUAGUGUCAUGUUCUGGUAUUUUUAUUUCUGAAUAUUUCCUCCUUUACUAUUGAACCCAGUUUAUACCGCAGCGCUGUAGAAUUCUGGAUUCUGAUUGGUCAGAGGGUGUUGAUUAAUUUUCUGUAACAGCAGCUGUGACAGUAGUGCAGAUUUACAUGAAUGCGCUCGUUCUAAUACGGAUCAUUCAUAGAGACUCGUACGGCAGACGCUCCACUGACAGUAAACAGAUUAACGCAAGGUAUGUAAGGAGACGUUUAUCGAAACAUUUACGGAAGGAGUCUCCAGUGUCAGCUCUUUGUAUCAGUCAGCCAGUAAUGCUGAUGAUUGAAACGUCAUUGUGAAAGCAGCCUUAUGCACUGAUACACUCUUUCAGUGUUUGUGUGCUCUUCUGAAAAGAGGAAAUGCCACUGACUCUCUCUCUCUCGCUCUCUCUCGCUCUCUCUCGCUCUCUCUCGCUCUGUCUGAUAAAAACAUGGAAACAGAGCGGUCCACGCUGAACUCCUCUGGCUUGUGGUAAACUCCAAACCUCCAUGCUGAUCUACAAAACAAAAAACACGGGUUCCUUCUUGUCUCAGGGAUGUCGAGGGUGAACCGGUUCGUCCUCGCAGCCUGAGAGAGAAGAGGAGAGGAUAGAAGAGAAGAAACUCUUCCUCCUCCGCCUCCUGCAUCUCCUCUUUCACGCUGCAGAACCGUUGAGAGAAACACUGCCUCGUCCUCGCUCCGCUCCUUUCAGCCACAUCAACCUGCUGCUUUCUUUCAGUUUCACACCUCGUCCACGCCACCAAGGUUUCAGUACCGUUUUUCCACGAGCGCUCAUCCGACUCCGAGUCUCCGUCUCCGUACCGCGUGCCGUGUUCGUGAACUCUCGUAGCGCCGUUCUAGUCGAGUCUCUGUAUACAUGAUGAAUGCUAAAUGAAUGCUAAUGUUGCCUUUGUCACUGGAGAAUUUUUUUAUGUUAUGGUUUUAUAUCGAGACAGGCAUGAUGAGUUCUGUUUAAAAUAAUUAUUAUUGUGUAAAAAAAAAAAAAAAAAACAAUAGAUUGCAUGAAAGAUGGAUGAAUGCAGAUCUGAGUGAGCAUGUUUGUAUUUGAUUACUGGAAAUCAAUGCGUUAGAAGGUAAAUAGUUGAAUAGACAUAUACAUAUUUAUUAAAGCUGCUGUAAGCGAUGUUGGCUGCUGACGAAGGCCACGCCUUUCCCCUUCAGGCCCGCAUUCAAUAUGGACAAAAAUAAUUGCAAAUAUAUUCGCAAUAGGCACAUUUUCUAUGAUUUAUCAACAACACGCACUGAAAAUAUAUCUGGCAACCCGGGAAAAAAAAUUGAGUGGUUUGAAAUUCUUAAAAUUGUAAAAAAAAAAAAAAAAAAAAAAUCAAGAAAACUUCUUUAAAUUUGGCUAAACUAGCUAGCUAAUAUUGGCAUAAAAGGAUAUAAAAUAAAGCUAGCUGGCUAGCGGUACACCGAGCGGUUGUCGCUGAACUAGCUACAAUUGUGAGGAAAAAAACGAAGCUAGCUAAAAAGGUAUUAAAGAGGUAGCUAAACCACACCUAGAUGACUAGCUAGCUGGAAAUUGUAACUGGGAUUUAGUUUUUUUUUGUUUUUUUUGUAAGAGUGGACCACCAUUUUGUACCAGAACUUCUGAUAUGAUAUCGAACGCAACUCCGCUUCACUUCAGUUCCGAACCCAUGCUAGCUGCAGAGAGACCCGUCUAUUCAAGUGAUCGCUGUCAGGAUGUAAAUAGCCGAAGUGUUCUUAAAAGGCGAUUACAGCAGCUUUAGAAACUGUUUACAUGAAUUUAACUUACCCAUAACUCCUGAGUGAUACCUCUCGAAAAACAGGGUCAAAUAAUAUAUUGUACUUUACUGUAUACUAUUGUUUGUUUGUUUGUUUUUUUCCUUUCCUCCAUUCCGUUUCUUUAUUCCAGUUAUUGCUGAAAGAAAAAAAAAAACACUGACAUGCCAGUUUACGAGAUUUUCCGUAACCGCUAUUUUGUUCUUGCUGUCGGACUGAAACGGCAGCGUGACGUUCCUUCUGGAUCAGAGAUAAAAAGAGGAGCGAGUGGGUUAAAUAUCACUAUGCAACAAUUCUGUACUCCAAACCCUGUACAUCUUGACACUUUCUAUUGUUACUAUGCAGCCGAAAGGUGACGAGGUGAAAGGACACGGGAUUGCAUGCAGCGACUCAACACACACACACACACACACACACACACACACACACACGAACGACUCAGGCGAGGGUUUCAGCGUAAAACAGGAAAUCUGACCCCAGUUCAGCUCUCGUACUCUGAGGGAAUCCUUCAUAUCUUUAACAGUUCCUAGCCUCCUAAAAAAAAGUUCAAGCUUGGAUCCCAUUUUGGUAAAAUACUCUUAGGGUUUGUUCUGCGUUAGAAAUGCUCCUCUAGAGCACAGGUUCCCGGCUCUGGUCCUGGAGAAACCCCUUAUCCUGUACAUUUUAGUGUUUUCCCUGCUCUAACACACCCACUUCAGCUCAGGAACAGGUGUUGAUUAGUUGAAUCAGGUGUGUUGAGAGCAGGGAAAAUGCUAAAGUGUGCAGGACAGGGGGUUCUCCAGGACCUGUGCCCUAGAGGAACAUCUGAAGAACCCUUAAGGCUUCUUGCAAGAACAGUGACGUAACUGUGGAGCAGUCACCAGCAAACGAGGCGUUUCAUUCCAAAAUGGCCGACUUUGAGGAGCGGGAGUCUUCUUCCUGGAGUUGUGGACUCGAACUCCACAGCAAAAACAGAUCCCAAGUUCGGUUUCUUCUUCUGCACAAAACAAACCUCACAGGCGUCUUCUCCGCGUUUCGAAUGCCGAAGCCUUUAACGUUUAAUCUUUACUUUAUUUUUUUCUAAGAGCGUAUAACUAGAAUCCUCCUGUCCUUUACGUUGAUCUUGAUCUGGAUGUGAUUCCUAUUCUGACCUUUAAUUAGGAGUCCACUCUAGUUUCACAAGAGAGACCAGAGAUUUUAUGAAACACUGGGUUUAAUGAGUCCUAAAGUUAGUGUGUGUAUGUGUGUGUGUGUGGGGGGUUGGGGUGGGGGGAAUGAUGAUAUUGUAUGCAUUGAGAAAGAAAAUUGACAUGUGCAUGCAUUAUGCUAUUUUAUACGCUUGUGUUCUGUUCUUUGCCUGCUUCAUUCUCUAGUUCUGUAUCAAGGGACCUAAAGACAAAUUGCCUUUUUUUUUUUUUUUUUUUUUUUUUUUAAAAUGUAAGAUACAUUUUUUUUGGUUGGUCUUUCAGGAGACACUCUUGACCACGUUUACACACAUCUACAAACGCCAAAACGACUGACGCCACGUGUCAACUUGCACAUCUUGUCGCCGCACGUCUUUCUACGACCUUGACUUGAAUUUAGUUAUCGCGAAUCAUAAAUCAUAAAAGCCUCCUACUUCACAAAGUCCUCGUCUGAUUGGCUGGACGCACUGUGUGGCGAAGCUGCAAGUGGACACGUGCAUGUGAAACAGGACAGAAGUGAAAAACGUCCCACGUGUGAACGCACCUCGCAGAAAGCCAUUCUCUGUUACUGGAUUAACAGAUUAAAAUGUCAGGAUGAAACUGGGAUCAAUAAACUUUGACCUGGCUGUAAAA